UGUCCACGGUAGGCCAUCUGUGGUCGAGCGGACGUAAGCAUGUUCUGUGACAUGCGGCACAGGUCAUAGAACACGAUCAGUGAUAUGUCCGUCAAGCCACCAUUGUAAAGCAGAACACAGACCUGCACAUGCCGAGUACUGCAACAUGGGACCUUGCUCAGCGUCACUUUCAGGCAUCGUUUCAGAUUCAGAGUCUCGAAAUUCUAUAACGUCAUCUUCAUCAUCUUGGCUGGUUACUGAGUGGUCACAAUGCUCGGAAUCAUGCGGUACAGGUCAUCAAACAAGAUUGGCACUAUGUGAAAACGAAGAGGAAACCUGUUCUGAUUCAAGUAAACCUGAAGUUUCCAGAGCUUGUUCUAGUGAAAAGGAAUGUGGAGGACAAUGGUUCACAGGUCCAUGGGGAAAAUGUUCGGAUUCAUGUCCCGGAAGAGCAAAACAAAAAAGGGAAGUAAUCUGCAUAGUGAAGAUCCGAGGCCAGUCGCACAUUACCAACGAAAUGACUUGCUCUGCACACCUGAAACCAUCUGAGGAACAAGCGUGUGAAGGCAGCUGUCCACCACAUUGGUUCGUAGGUGAAUGGGGACAGUGUGAAGAUUCAUGUCCGGUAGGGGUACAGCGUAGAGAAGUGAAAUGCCUGGAUUCUCACGGCAAAAGGCACAAUGGUUGUGCGGCAGAGGAUAUGCCGGUUUCAAAACGUACCUGCGCAUGUCCAGUAAAGGCUGCUACAGAUAGUCGGGAAAAAUAUAAACCUGCACAAGAUGAGCCAGCUGAUCGAUCGUGUGUUGACAGGAUCCGCAAAUGCAAGUUAGCAGUACAAGCAAGGCUAUGUCAUUAUCCUUAUUACACAACACACUGUUGUGAGUCUUGCCGCAGGGCACAGGAUCUGUUCGACUAAACCAUUGUAAUAUCAAAUAGUUCAGACGUAGACAGAAUUGACAGUCAGAUUUAAUGUUUGGAAUGUAGUAAAAUUUUGAUCUCGUCGCCUGAAGGGUUUCUAAACUGACGCCAACACCUGUAUUGUUUUCUCGCACAGUUGUCUUUAACUGUUCUCGAGCCGGAGAUACAGCGAGAAACAAGGGACCACAAAAACGUAACGCGAGAAACCAUAUAGCUAUUUUCCCAUGUUUUAUUGGCGAGGAGUCAGCCCUAGAAACUGCGAUUCAAAGAGCGCAGUAUUCCUAUGGAAAUCAAGAAUUAAAGAUAAGAAAUUUACGACUGCUGAGCUAAAAUGUGUCGAGGUCAAAAUUUUACUAUGUGUGAUAGUGACUAAUAUGAAUGUGCAUGUGGUACAUGCAUAAAAGCAUACGAAUACAUUUUUAAAAUUCAUUCACCUCGUUUAUUGUGAAACUUACGUGAAAUAUGCGAGAUUAUGAUAACUUACUUGACUAUAUUUUUGUCACUCCUAGACGUAGUAUUUUGCUUGCCAGUCAAAUAAACUUGUAUUAAUGAUUUUCAUUUUUUCUACUAUGUUCAAUUUGAACAUUUAUUUACGUACGAAUUCUGUGUAACAACGCUCUAGAUUGUCUAGACGAUAAAAUAUACGUAUAAAAAGAGAAAUUAUACUUCACUAUUAAUGCUUACAGAAAAAAAUUUAAUGCGAAAAUUCUUCGUAUCAUAAUAAUUGAAAUGAAAAAUAAGACACUUUUAUCUAACAGUGGCAAAAUUGGUAAACAGAUACCACGUAUGUUUCACAUACAAAAAUACUCUUUUCAAUAUGUAAAAUAGAUAUCUGUGAUUAUAACUAUUUGUAGUUUAACUUUAUUUGAAGAGUAGUGUAACAUAUCUUACGUUUCUAUUUUUAAAAGUUUGUGAAUCACAUUCGAAAAUUCAUUAUAAAGUAGACAAGUAGACCUAAUGUUCUUAACACUGGUGAAUUUUUGGAUUUGUUUUCAAAAGCUGUUUAUUUCUAAUUUCUUUCAGAUUACCUAUUACGAAUUACGUUUAAUUUGUAAUAUGCUCUAUUUACAUUUUUGAGCGUAAGAUGAUAUGACAACUGCAUUUAUAAUAUAACGAAUAAUUUCUUGUCCGAUUUAUAUCUAUAACUUGCUUAACCGGGCACUGCCGAAUUUACUGAUAUAUGUAAUUUUUUGAGAUAGCAAAACAAGCACUUGCCAACUUGUAUUUUUAUUAUGUAGAGUUAUUUAUUGGGCAGAUUUAAGUUAGGUGUAAGGUUGAUAUCUAUCAAAAUAAGUAUUAACUCUUAGGCUAUAUAUCUAUUUAUUAGAAAUAAAUGUUUUUAAAUGA